GUCUUUAAUGUAUACAGUUUUAUAAAUAGCCGGCUAGAUUGUCAACAAGUGUGUUCAUUACAAUUUGUAGUUUCAGAGUGCGCAGACCAGUUUACCAGUAUCACAAUAAACCAUGGUAUGCCUAGAACAUCCCUGUGCGUCAUACAGCCAGGGUUCAGCGGGAACCGCAUUUGGGAACCUGAUCACACAACUCCUGGCUGCCCAAUGCUUGCUGACUGAGGACUGGCCGAAGGACCAUUUAGACAGAGUUACUGAUGGCGCCAACUUCGAUUUUAUCAUCGUGGGGUCGGGCACGGCAGGGUCGUUGCUUGCGAACCGUCUGACGGAGGUGAAGCACUGGAAUGUUCUUCUCAUUGAAGCUGGCGACAAUCCACCUAUAGAAAGCGUGAUUCCUAAUUUCUCCGGCUCGACACAUAGAGGACAACACGCAUGGCAAUACUAUACAGAGAUAGACGAGACGACUAAUAGGGGCUGCGUCGAUGGCCGUUCGUUCUGGCCCCGUGGCAGGGUCCUCGGCGGCACUGGCUCUAUCAACGGUUUCCUGCAUAUGAGAAGCAGCCCUGGGGACUACGAACCUUGGAAUUUCAACAACGACUGGGACUGGCCGACGAUAAAAGAGUAUUUCCAAAAAAGCGAAAAGGUUAUCGACCCAUUUAUUUUAAAUAACCCCGAAUUAAGAAAAGAUCAUGGCACAGAAGGAGAAUUUAUUGUAGAUCUGUUAAAUUUCACUCAUGUUGGUAUAUCUGAAAUGUUAACAAAAGGCUACGAAGAAAUGGGUUUGAAAUUUUUGGAUGACUUAAAUGGAGACAGUCAAAUGGGAGUUGGGAAAAUAAGAGGAAGCAACUACAAAGGUAAAAGAGUGAGUACUGCUACUGCUUUUUUAAACCCUAUAAGAGAAAGAGACAAUUUAUUUGUUCUGAAAAAAGCCUUUGCAUUUAAAAUUAUUCUGCAGGAUAAAACAGCUAAAGGAGUUAAAGUUACUCUAAGUAACGGGGGUGAAGCAUCUUUUUUUGCAAGUAAGGAAGUAAUAUUAAGUGCUGGGGCGGUUAAUACGCCAGUUCUUUUGAUGCUGUCAGGCAUUGGACCCAAGGCACAUUUGGACGAAUUAGGAAUUCCACUUGUAGCAAAUUUACCAGUUGGGGAAAAUCUUCAAGAUCAUGUCAGAAUACCUGUACCUGUAACUAUUGAUACCGGAGCUAAGGAAAGAGAUGAUACUUUUUGGCUUAAAGCAGCAGCUCAAUAUUUAUUAGAGCAGACUGGCCCACACUCUACUAACUACGAUCAACCGAACAUUAAUGCCUUCUUGUCGGUCCCUGGUGAUAAAAUUUUGCCCGAUGUACAAAUUGAUCACAACUAUUUCCUUCCAAAUACCACUUACGUAUAUACCAUGUGUACAAACAGCCUGUCGUUUCAAAAAGAGAUUUGCGAACAAUUUUCCAAGUUCAAUGCCGAGAAAGAGAUGAUAAUUUUUUUCAUAUCCUUAUGCAGGCCACAUUCAAAGGGUAGAAUAAUGUUACGAAGUACAAAUCCCGGAGAUUUUCCCAAAAUCUAUUCUAGAUAUUUCAGCGAUGUACGUGAUAUGAAGAUAUAUGUAUCAAAUCUUAAAAGGUCACUGGAGAUCCUAAAAACCCAAGUUUUCAGAAAAUUUAAUGCUGAGUUACAAAGGGUCUAUUUUAAGGAUUGUGACGAAACUGUAUUUGAAAGCGAUGAGUAUUGGGAAUGUAUGGCGAGAACUUUAACAUACAAUGUAUAUCAUCCAGUAGGAACUGCAAAAAUGGGUAAUGCGGGUGAUCCCACUGCUGUAGUCGACAGCAAACUUAGAGUAAUUGGUUUGAAGGGAAUUAGAGUGGUCGAUGCGAGCAUCAUGCCAACUAUAACUAGUGCCAAUACAAAUGCUCCUACAAUGAUGAUUGCAGAGCGGGCUGCUGAUUUCAUUAAAGAUCAAUAUGAGAGUACAGAUAAAACUGAAUUAUAACUGCCAAUCGAUUUUUAUUUUGUUAUUCAGUAUCCGUCAGUAUCUACCUACCAGCAGCGGCUGGUCCAUACAAGCCGAUUCCCAUCGGCUUGCCUGAAAUUGAUUACUAGUAAAGUACCUU